UAAUUUCCUUAUUCUUAUACUAUUUGAAGUUAAAUGAGUGUUUGUUUGGAAUAUAUUCUCUCUUUCUCUUUCUCUAAAAGGAAAAAAGAUAAAAAUUAUAUAAAUAUUUUGAUAAAACACAAUAGAAUGCAGCAUCACCGGAUUCGUGAACGUUUGGAUGAAGGAAAAGACUUGAGAAAAGAACAAUCGCCUUUCUUUUUUCCUUCCUGCUCACAGACCUUAUCCUAUCUUCAAUGGUGGAAGAUGCGGAAAAAAAGAGCAAUAUGCGAGCGCAAGGUGUCCCAGAAAAGUCGGCAGAAAGAUAAGACUGCACAGAGACUACAUAUAAAGUCAGAGAUGACAAAGGGAUAUAUAGAUCCGCACAAGACUAUUGCCAUGACAGACGUGGAUCCGGAGUAUUUUACAGAAUUGUCUGGCAGACCUGCAAAAGAGAAGUUUUCACUGGAACAAUAUGUGUUAGACACACGUAUUGUUCUGAAAACAAGACUGCUCAUUGGCCAAGAAAAGGACGAUUGUAUUCGCAUUGAUCAGCAGUUCGAGCAGGAGUUUUCUCAGUUACAAAAGAUCCAAGAACGUCAUCAGCGAUACGUGAGCAGCUUCGAGGAGUUUUUGUCGAGAGAUCACAAGAAAAGUAUGAGCAUAUUGGAGAGAGCAGAACGGGAGGCGAAGCUGACGAACGAGAUCUGCAUACGUAGGAACGAGCUGGCAAAGCAAUAUGGCCAGAUCAGACUGGAUAUUUACUUCUGGGAGGAAAACUGGAGAAUGGUGAAGAUGUGUCAGCUGUUCCUCUAUCGGUUGUCACCUACUACUUGGAGGAUCAAGCACGACUGGCUGCACCGUCUCGAAACGGGCAGCCUCAUUUCUGUUAACGACGGGGACUUGUUCAAUAGAUACGGGACACCAGAUGACGACGCCUCUUUGGAGGACUUGAUAGAGUUAUUUGAGCGAGACAUCGUCGAAGCCGGUCCUGCCGAGCUCUAUUUCGAGGAUCCUUUCGAACUCGUUCAGGUUUUCCGAGCGAUGGAAACGCAAAAUUUAAACGCGCUCAUACACCUAGAAUCACUCGCCGCCCCGAUGGAGGAUGUAACUAUGACUAUCGCCGUGACUGAAGCGCGCAUCAAGCAGGAGGUCAGCGAGAUCUCCUCGACGAUCGACGACUUGAAAAAUCACAUCGCCGAGGCGGAAGAUAGAGCGGCGAAUCUUGAGAAAUACGCCGAUUAUCUUCUCCGGGGCGUUUUCCGAAGUCUCGUUUGCUCUGAAGAGGUGCUGUAUCUUCGCGUUUUCGUGGAGGAUGCGUAUGAGACCUGCGUGGGGCCGAAUGAUGCGAAUCUCGACAGUUUUUCGAUGAUGAAGUGGGUAGAAAGGACCCACGAGCAACUUAAUCUUCAACUGGACAAUCUACCGCGUCGAAUUGUUCGCGCUUGCGAGAAGGAAGGCUUCAAGCAAGAGAUGAGAGCUACAAAGGAGGCGGAAGACGCAGCGAAGAAGUUCGAGCUGAUGCGCCGGCUGUUGAGCAUGUUGAAGCGCAUUAUGCUACCACCCAAGGCGAAAAAACGACUGUUAGUCCGACGCUCGACGCCUAUCGCAACUAAAGUAAAGUUAUCAUCACCUCCGCCGCAACCGACGACUCAGGAAACGCGACAUCUCGCAUUCUUCACCGAUUUCUGCAAGUGUGACAAGUCGCGAGCGUAUCGUCCCAAGUUACCGGACAAUCUCGAUCUUACGUUCCAAAGCAAAGAUAUCGAUGUCCAAGUCGAAUCAACGACGUUGAUGGACGAGGAGGCAUUCUCGGAUCGAACGGAGAGAUAGGCGAAUGAACGUGUCACAGUUGAAAAUGUAACGGAAUCAGCGGAUUUAUUUGAAAAUUCCUGCGUGUAUAUCCGAAAGGAUCGUAUCAGUCUAACGCACUACGCGUCAUGGAUUACUUAGACUAUCACUAUUAAUAGUAUGUAUACAUAAAUAGACGAUCUAACGAUCGAUCGAAGCACAAGAUAAAAUAUCCAAAGAUAAUAAAACACAACAAGGGGCAAGUAUAGUAUACAAUAGAAUUUGGAACGACAGUUGAUAUAAAAACAACAACCAUGCUUGACAGCGAUUUCGUUGGCUACAAAGCGCCGCUUCAACUCCUUCGGUACAAACUCUUCAAGAAGGUCGUGAUACACGCUCCACCUUUGAGCAGCUUUACAUAUACUCACGAACGCAUCAAGCACUCACACGCACCACGUGUACACACACACACACACACACACACACACACACACACACACACACGAGCAACAUUUUUUUAUAGAAUAUUUCACUAGAGAUGCGACGAUUAUUUGUCGAGAAUUGCGAUAUAAUUUACUGAUACUAAAUAAUCAUCAAUGAGUAGCAGGGAACGAUGAGUACUCGAAAGGUUUAUGUUUCUUCUAGAAAUAUAUUGUGACGGAUUCAGAAGUGCAAGGCAAAUUGGAUUAAUCGCAAACACUGACGUACUACGAUUACUAUUAUUGAAUUAAUUCUACUACGGGGGAACAAAAUUAAAUUCACUAAAUUGCAAUCGUAUGGAGUCUUACACUGUACCGAAUUUAUCUUUACUCCUCUCACUUUUCAAAUUUCUUUCUCUUUCUU